AUGUACACUUUGUCUCUUGCUGUAGUGUUUGCGACGCUUUCAUUGGCCUCAACGGCGCCUUUGAGAGCUGGCCUGUACAAGCAUGUUGCCGUGUUCUCGGUCGAUGGCCUUCACGCGAGUGACGUUGAUAAAUAUGUAGCAUUGAGACCCAACUCGAGUAUCUCAGCUCUGUUGAAGACAGGAUACGAGUACAGCGGUGCAUACACAUCCGCGCCUUCAGAUUCCUUCCCGGGAACUGUAGCUCAAUUUACCGGGGCCACUCCGAGAACCACAGGAGUGUGGUAUGAUGACAUCUGGAACCGCAACAUCUUUGCUCCCGGCAGCAACUGUACCGGAACUCCAGGUUAUGACACUGACUCCACCGAGGAUCUUGACUACAACUCUACCCUACUUUUCAGUGGUGGUAUUGAUCCAACACAUCUCCCCAAGAUCAUUGUUGAUGGGAAAUGUACCCUACAAUACCCGCACGACCGGCUCCAGGUCAAUACCGUCUUUGAGAUUAUCAAGGCAAGUGGCAAGCAGACGGCGUAUGUUGACAAGCACCCCGCAUACGAUAUCGUUAGAGGGCCCAGUGGAACUGGCCUGAGCACUGGCUAUUUUCCAGAAAUUGCGUCCAUCCCGGGUAAUAACAUUUCUGCUGUUAUCGCUUACGAUCAAUUGCAUGUAAAUGCUUUCCUUGACUACUUGGAUGCCAAGGUGCCAGCGAAUUCAGAGGGAAAUUUGACUGCCGUUCCUGCAUUGUUCGCUGGCAAUUUCCAAAGUAUCAAUGUCGCCCAGAAGACAUACGGGUACCAGAACACCACCGGCCUCCCUUUUUCAGCACCUAUACUCCAAGUCAUAGAUUUCGUGGACGCCUCACUCGGAGCCAUUGUCAACAAAUUGAAAUCAAAGGGACUCUACAACGAUACUCUCAUCAUCGUGGCAAGCAAGCAUGGUAACGCGCCCAUCAAUCCAGCUUUGUUCGGCGAGGUCAACCCAGCUCAGAUCACCAAUGCCACGGGUGUUCCUGUAGAGUGGCAAACGUCUGACGACAUCGCGCUCAUCUUCCUGAAUAGUAGUAGCACGACUGCCACCGCGGUCGCAAAUCUGAACGCCGACCGUACCGCAGGCAAAAUCCUCAACAUCUAUGCGGACGCGCCUGGCGCCACUCCUCUGGCAUCUCAUGGUUUCGGUACCCCCGUCAACAGCCCGUUCGUACCCGACAUCAUCGUACAACCCGAGGUCGGAAUCAUCUACACGACCUCCAAAAAGAAGGUCGAAGAGCACGGCGGUCUCAGCGCCGACGACAGGAACGUAGCUUGCUUCGUUAGCAGUCCUCGAAUCACAAAAGCGCAGAAGUUCACACAGAGGGUCUUUACGACGCAGGUUGCACCGCUGAUUUUGGAGGCGUUGGGAAUUGAUGGCGGGGAGUUGGAGGGCGUGAGGGCUGAGGGAACGAAGAUCCUGCCCGGGUUUGAGUCCUGA